AUGUUCCGCACGAAAACAAACAAAGGCCAGCCAUUCUCCACAGUCAAAGUUCGCUUUCCUGGGGCAGUUCCUGAUAUUCCGGAGUUUGUUGACUGCUCCUGGGGCCAAUAUGGCACCAACCCGCCAUCCUUCGCCUGCGAAAAACGCUGUCCUUUGGACAGUAAAGUUUGGCAAGAUGAGCAGGUGCAGUUCGCCGAACAAUAUGAGACUGUCGACUGGGAUGCGCUGCGUGCGUACGGGCCCUAUCAGAAUGCGAAGUGGAAGGUGCGAGUCGAGGGAUACAAGGCUAAGCUUGAUAAUGUAGUUGCUGGGGACCUGCAUCUCAUGGAGGUUGAGGUGAAGGUGCGCUGGGAGGAGUCUCAUGAUGCGCUGCAGGCGAUCACGCAAUAUCUAAACGACAGGGGCGUUGUGCUUUGUGAGCCGCAGGAAGGGAAAACCAUGCGGCUAUUUCGUGCUAUGGGGUACUUUGGUGAUGAAAAUGAGGAGCUCUAA